AUGGGAGGAGGAGCCAUGGACAUGGACUUAAUUCCUGUGAUUCAAUUCAAACCUUCCGCUUCUUUCAUCCCUUCCAUGCCUUCUACUUCUAGUGUCAACUUCCCUGUAUCAGUUAGUGAAACUGUUGCAUCUCUUGGACAAUCUUGUACUGCUGCUUCUUGUUAUUGUCAAAGUGGAACUUGUACAAGAAUUUUAGAGUCUGUAGUACAUGGCAAAGAUCAUGAUAGAUGGAUUAACGGGCUGUCUCCAUAUAAUGUUGUUUUAGGACCUGUGCCAUCACGGUUAGAAGUCGAAAGGGCCAUAGCUUCCCUUCAAAAUUUUAUGAGUGAGGUUUCUUCGUCUGGGGUAGAGCUUAAUCAGUUGCAACAGAUGUUGUUGGACUGUUGUGGUGUUAGAACAUUGCUGUCUCAUGGUUAUGGAAGAGUUCGUGAUGCUUUUACUUUGCUGCAAAGUGAUCCAUCUAUUAAGAGGCUGGUUAUUUCACUAGCAUCCGAUAAGGCUGUCUGGGAUGCUGUUAAGAACAAUGAGGCUGUGAGGAAGCUGCAAGAGUCUUGCUGCCCAGCUGAAGAUUGUAGGAAAGAGAGCUGUGAGGGAGAACCAGACAUCGCUAGUCGCGUUUUGAGGUGGAUUAUGGACAUCACUAAAGCCAAAGUUAAUGAACUCACUGAUAAAUUCACACUAUUAAUGAAUGAGGUUUUUCAACCAAUUGAGAAGGAAAAACCCAGAGAAGAAACCAGAGAUAAGGUGGAUGACAAAGUUAGAUCGUCGCUACUUCUAUCCAUUGUGAUCCUCUUGGUUGUAGUUGUGGCAAGGACUCUGGGAGCUUAA